AUGUCCACAACCAGCAAUGUGCCCGGUGCUCAUGCCCCAGCAAGUGUCCAUGUCACCCAGCCCCGGUAUCCGGUGACUUCAGAAAGCCACAAGCAACCUUCGGGGACAACCCCUUACCCACCCUCCUCGACAGUGGUCCAGUGUGAUACAGGAAGAACAAACUUAGCGCAGCCAUUCCUAGUGUACCAGAAUGCAGCGGGGGUGACCGGUGCACAGAGCCAGCUCACCGUGCUCCAGCCUCCAGCAGGAGGGCCCGGUUUGCAGACUUCGCCUGGAGUGACCCAGUACCCCCUGGGAACAGCCCAUGUCCAGACCCUGCCUGGAGACCCUGAGAAUCCUGCGAUCGCCAUCCCCGGGCUGACACCCACGUCAGGCCAGUCCCCAUCGAACAUGGCAUGGAACAUGUCAUUUGCAUCAUUUCCUGCAUUUGAUCCCAAGAAAUUCAUCAAUGAUGAGGUCAGAACAUUAGGGGCCAUCCAGAUCAUCAUUGGCCUGAUGCACGUUUUCUCUGGGAUCAACCCUCUGCUGUAUUCCAAGCCUUCUGUGACUGGACUAUCAGGGUAUCUGUUCUGGGGAGGAUUAUCCUACAUUGCCUCUGGAUCCCUGUCUGUAUUGGCUGAGAAGGACACCAGCCCAUGUGUGGUGAAUGGCAGCAUCGCCAUGAACGUGGUCAGUGCGGUCUUCUCCCUGACGGGCAUCUCCAUUUUCAUUGCAGAUAUGUCCAUUCAAAGGGAGAUUAACAUGAAGGCCUACGUGGGUAGUCUCCUGCCCUUUGUCCUCUUGGAGUUCUUCCUCACAUGUGUGGUCUCGCAUUUUGGAUGCCAGGCUGUCUGCUGGAGACGCUUUGAGAACAUGACAAUAGGUUCAAGCAUAUUCAGCUUCAACACAGCCAACAUGACCGCCAGCCACGUCUACACUACUGACAUCCCUGUCAAUGCUGCCACCAGCCCUGCCAACCCUACCACCAGUCCUGCCAAACCUAGCUACCCUGACAACGUUCCUCCUGAACCGACGUACCAAGAUGUACCUGAUUAUGGCCGGAGAUAG